GGCAGUGCCACACCAUCCGAGACCAGCAGUGAUAAAUCUGCCUCUUCAUCGGAAAUGCUUGAGACGGCUGAUGGUCUGGUGCCAUUGGUGGAUAGGCUUGCUUCAACCCAAUAUCCAGAGCUACAGUCGCUUGUGGAAACACUAAAGCAAUGGCAAAGUGUACUGCGGAAGUAUAGCCAACGUCGGAGUUCGCUAACUCGUUCUUCGCUAUUCCAUACUCCAAGUACAGCAAGUGAGGAGCUUGACGAUAAUGUGCUGAUUGCUGGAGAUAUGCACUCCGAAAACGACAGCGGCAUUGACUCCCUGCGUCAACGCUACUCUCCCUUCGUAAGUGAUGGCAUGCGCAAGAAGUACGGCGAGAGCGGAGGAGGACGCAAAGAUGGCAAACGCUUCCGACAGAUGAAAGAGCGACGAAAAUCACUUGGGGCUAUGUUGGACCCAGCAGAGUUGGAGCAAAUGUACUUAGAAAGUGAUCGCUUCUGGGAAAGCCCCGAUGAUGAUACAAAAGGAACUGCAACUGGGAAUGCAGAAAUUGAUAUGUGCUUGCGAUAUCAUCUGUCAAGAGUGUCGAGAUGUUUGCAGACUAAUAGAAAGACUCGAGUGGGUUUAAAACUUGCCGUCCUUUUUUUCCAGGAAUAA